AGCACACCUGCUACCAUGAAAAAUAUCCAAAAUGAUAAUAAGGAUACGAACGGGGAUGGUGACAUAUCCAAUUCUUCUUCUGAUUCUGAGGAUGAAGAGGGAGGCCCCACCAUGGAGGACUGUCUCCUCCAGUUCAAGGAGAUGCUUAAGGAAAGGGGAGUGGCACCAUUCUCAAAAUGGGAGAAAGAACUUCCUAAAAUAGUUUUUGAUCCACGCUUUAAGGCCAUUCCAGAUCAAAGUGCACGAAGAGCUCUCUUUGAGCACUAUGUUCGAACUCGUGCUGAAGAGGAACGAAAGGAAAAACGAGCGGAUCAGAAGGCUGCUUUGGAGGGUUUCAAGCAGUUACUGGAAGAAGCAAAGGAGGACAUUGAUCAGAAUACUGAUUAUCAAACAUUUAAGAGGAGAUGGGGUGAAGAUCCUCGAUUUCUGUCCUUGGACAGGAGAGAGAGGGAACAUUUGUUAAAUGACAGGGUGUUACUUCUGAAAAGGAGUGCUCAAGAAAAAGCUCAAGCACAGCGUGCUGUAAAGACAUCUAAUUUCAAGUCUCUGCUUAAGGAUAGAGAAGACAUUACAUCUACUUCCAGGUGGUCAAAGGUGAAGGAUAGCUUAAGAAGAGAUCCCAGAUACAAGUCAGUCAAGCAUGAAGACAGGGAAAAGUUAUUCAAUGAAUACGUAGCAGAACUAAAGGCUGCUGUAGAAGAGACUGCUCAGAAGGCAAAGGCAAAACAAGAUGAGGAGGACGAGAUCGUGAUUUUGGAAGGGAUGACAGAGUUCCAGAACAAGUUCAAAGUCGAUCCGUUGGCGAAUCUAGAUGAUGACGGGAGACGUUCAGCUGUUCGUUGUGCGUUUGAUCCAGGAGGAGACGCCUCUCAACAAUUUUUGGCUAUCAACUCUCGUCGUUGCUUCGUGGUUUCCACCUUGAGGACAGGGUGGAUUUCAACCGUGGGGGAGUUGAUACGAGUAUAUCUUCGGAGUAUAUCUUCGGAAAUAUAUCUCAUAUCUCUAUUAUUAUAUUAUCAUAUCUUUUCCAUAUCUUUAUUAUCUUGUUCACCAAGUUAGGUUAUUCAUAAGAGU